AUGAGCCGCCCCUCAAAAGCAGCCAGCCUCAGUCCACCCCAAGCAGAGUCCAGUAAAGCAGGAGCAACUAGAAAGAGUUCAUGCGCUGAAUGUCAUCGAUUGAAACUGAGGUGCGACAAGGAAGUUCCUUGUGCAUCAUGCAUGCGUCGAGGUUGUGCCGCAAUUUGCCCAACAGGUACCUUGCGGUCAACUGGACGGGGGAAACGCUCUGUAUUAUCCGAAGUCCCAGAACUAACGGCUAUAAUUUCCGAGAUGGGCGAGCGUAUAAGGCAAUUGGAGAAGGCAUUGGCCGAAACGCACGAUCCAUGCGAGCAGACGCAUUUGAAAAACCACCCUCUACUUUCACACACUUCGCGACAGCCAACUCCAACCCCAACAGACCAAGCAGAGGAUGGAUCAUUGAGUGUGAAUCAGGCAGGACAUGCGGUGUAUUUUGGGCCAAUUGCCGGCACAGAGGCCUUGUUAUCUAUCGAGGGCAAUACACGAAACCGCAGUCCAGACCAUGAACGUCUUUCCUUUUCUGCAGUCACCGAAUCGUUCCUUUUCAGGGCAGACGGCUCGUCCAGCUGGGACACAGAAUCCGCCCUUGAACGACUGUACCACCAUCUUCCACCACAACCUCGUGCUUGGGCCCUCCUUGAACGAUAUUUCCAAAACGGCUGCUGGACCGUCAUGCCCUUGAUGCAAGACGAGGCCGUCGAAAUCCUUGCCAGCGUCUACCAAUCACACAGAACAGAGCCGCAACACUCAUUGACCACCCAACAAAUGGCCGUCGUUUACCUCGUGUUCGCGCUAGGCGCCUUGGUCGAUCUUGAGCUACCACCUUAUAGCCCAGAAGCGGACCAUUACUUCGAUUUGGCUUGUGCAGCCAUGUCCAUAAAACCAUUUUACGACGAUGUAACGGUGUUGACCGUGCAAAUGUUAACCCUACUCGCGUCAUAUUAUGCCCAUGGCGGAAGAAGGUUCACGAUGGAUGGGGCUUGGUCGGUAAUUUCGUUGGCUUCGACGAUGGCUCAGCGGCUUGGCAUGCACAGAGAAAGUUUCGCCGCCAAUGUCGGCCCCAAACUUGCAUAUCGAUAUCGAGCCUUGUUUUGGGAGACGUUUACAACAGAAGCUAUUUAUGGUUUGUCUGUUGGGCGGCCGGGAACACUGCCAUCAAAUAUAACCUGCCCCUUCCCUAUGGACGAAGACAACAUUGCACAGCCGUUUUGUCGACUCAACCGAGGUUACCGCCAGUCUCGCUGGCGUUGGGCCACCGAGGUCUGCGUGCCCAUUAUGGAGAAAUUCCUUACCACGACAAAACCGAGUUACGAGACGGUCUUGAAUCUUGAUCAGAAGAUCCGAAAGCAUCUGCAUGAUGCGCCGUUCGAUAACUUCCCUCUGGAAGAGUCCUCCCCUUCGUCAUUCAUACAAAAGCACCUUGUCCCUUUAUUCACUAAAAUCAUGUUAAUGUACAUUCACAACAGCUCGUUCGUCGAAGCAAUGCGAGCUAAUCCAGAGGAUCCAUUACUCAGUCCCUAUGCCGCGUCAUAUCUGGCGGCUUAUCGUAGUGCGUCUGAGAUAAUCAAGGCUGAUAUUAAAAACUUUACUACGCAUCCUGCUCUUUUUACAAGAUGGUGGGCAAUUUGGAAGAGCCUGUUCAACGCUGCGAUCAUUGUCGGAACUGUGGCUACCCGAUACCCCAGUUCAAAGAUUGCACCCCAUGCUAUUGUCGAGUUAUUUACCGCCGUCGAUCUCAUUGAGAAAGGCGCGAUGUCCUCGGGUCGGGCGCAAAGUGGUCUGUCAAUUCUGCAACGACUGCGCGACAAAGCGAUAGCGGUAUACUCGCAGUUCUCUGGACACAAUCUUUUGCCUCCGCCAACGACAACCGAUGUAGAGGCGACAGAGGAACUGGAAAUCUUUGCAGGCUACACACGGGUUGUUGCACAUAAAGUGCUCGCGCGUCGACAGACGGAUAGAAGGGUAAACGCGGACGAGCCGUCCCCCACAACACAAUGGAAUCGGCUUCAGCUGCAAGGCGACGCGGAUCUUUCGAAGCUGUCGAAUGCUGGUGGCGAGCUGCCGUGGCCACGGGACUUUGACCCGACCAUUGUGCAGUAUUUUGACUCCGUGGACCCGUUUGGUAAUACGAGUAGCGGUGACGCAGCGAUGUUAGACCACGAGGGGUCCUACGAGGAUGCUGGGUUUUUCUUUACGCCAGCACCAAACGCAGUGGCCGCUGCCCAGAUGGCCUUCGACGAUGGAAAUGGAAGGGGUUGGCAACACGACAACCAGCAGCGGGCGGAUCUCACACCGAUACCUUCUGCGACUGUGUUACAGCAGAUGCAAUGGGCCCAAUAUUUACACAAUUUAUGA